CCCCAUCACACCAAUACUCUGAACCACACAGGGAGGGACUAUGGCGUUGAUGCUUCGAGUGGACGCUAGUCGCCCUUAUCGAUCGUUACUCGCUGUCUUUACACUGUGGAAAAGCCUGUUAUUAUUACUGGCUGCCUUCACACCGGGGCCCGGGUAUGACACCUCGACCACGCUGAUUCAAUGGAACAGUCCAACCAAAGCACCAUUGCCAGCCAUGCUGGAAAUUAUAUCGACUAAAUUGACCCGAUGGGAUGCUAUAUACUACACUCACGCUGCCAAUCGGGGCUACAUCUUCGAGCAAGAAUGGGCCUUCGGGUACGGAUACAAUCGACUUAUCCAUGCCUUGGCGAAUGGCUGUCGCAAACUCGGCAUCCUCGACUAUGCCUUCAACGAGAGCCUCGUGGGCAUCUCAAUCUCCCACGCUGCGCAUGGCUUAUCCGUGAUCGUACUCUACCAUCUCGUCUGCACCCUAUUCCCCGGCGCGCCGGGCCGCAAGGUCGCGCUCCUCGCCGCAUGCUUGCACGUGGUGUCUCCGGCCGGUGCUUUCCUGUCGGCCCCCUGUGCGGAGAGUGCACAUGCGCUUUUGAGUUUCUGUGGCUCGCUGCUGUUUGUCCGGAGCUUCGCCUCCUCCUCCUCCUCCUCGAGCCCUAGCUCCAGCUCAUUUCAAGACACCCAACUCGUCCUGGCCGGGGUUUUGUACGGCCUGGCCACGACAUUCCGGAGUAACGGCCUGCUGAACGGCAUCCCACUCUUCGAGGAGGCGGUGCGGCAGCUCGUCUUUUUGUUUUGGCAAGGCUUUUCGCCCGCCAGACUGCGGCGCUUACUCGCUGUCGGGACGGCCGGGCUCUGCACGGGGCUGGGCUUCGUCCUCCCGCAGUACAUCGCCUACCGGGAGUUUUGCACAUCCCCCAAAGAACCGAGGGUGUGGUGUCGGAGAACCCUGCCCAGUAUCUAUAGCUACGUGCAGGAUCACUACUGGGAUAAUGGAUUUCUGCGGUACUGGACGGUAUCCAACAUCCCGCUGUUCGGCCUCGCGGCCCCCAUGCUUGCCAUCUUGCUGGCGUCGGGAUGGCAGGCUCUGAGCGGGGAAUUGAGGUCGUCGCUGGAGUUGCCGUGUGCGAAGGUCGAGAAGCUGCGGGACUCGCCGCCGCAAGCUCGCGUGACGGACCGGCUGCUGCGGAGUCUGGCGGUCCCGCAGGUCGUGAUUGCGGUGCUUACCUUCUUCAAUCAUCAUGUGCAGAUCAUCACGCGCAUGGCGUCGGGGUAUCCGGUCUGGUAUGUCUGGGUGGCUUAUUUACUGCUUCAGAGAGGGCUGUCGGGGAAGGUUUUAGGUGGGUGGAUUAGGAGGGGUAGGGGUGGCCUCGUUGUGAAUUAUAUGGUGGUGUAUGCUCUUGUUCAGGGAGUGCUUUAUGCUGCGUUUUUGCCUCCUGCUUGA